UGUAAGUCUUUUUUUUGCUUUCAUCCUCUCUAGGGAGAGAAAUGGCGAAAGAGAAUAGUAGUCAUCACCUUGCAGAAGCAAAGAGAAAGAGACUCACUUGGAUUCUUUGUGUAAGUGGACUUUGUAUAUUGUCUUAUGUUCUUGGAUCUUGGCAAAGCAACACUGUCCCAAGUUCUUCUUCCGAGUUUUUCUCAAGAAUGGGAUGUGAUGAGACAACAACAACCACUCGGGCUCAGACGACUCAGACUCAGUCUAAUCCUUCUUCUUCUGAUGAUGAGAGUCUCUCUUCUUCCUCCUCAACAGAACCAGUUGAGUUAGAUUUCGAAAGCCAUCACAAACUUGAGCUUAAGGUUACAAACCAAACCGUAAAGUAUUUUGAGCCAUGUGACAUGUCUUUGAGUGAGUACACUCCAUGUGAAGAUCGAGAAAGAGGGAGAAGAUUCGAUAGGAACAUGAUGAAAUACAGAGAAAGACAUUGUCCUUCUAAAGAUGAGCUUCUUUAUUGUCUGAUUCCUCCUCCACCAAACUACAAGAUUCCAUUUAAAUGGCCUCAGAGUAGAGACUAUGCUUGGUACGACAACAUCCCACAUAAAGAGCUUAGUAUUGAGAAAGCUAUACAGAAUUGGAUCCAAGUGGAAGGUGAAAGAUUCAAAUUCCCUGGUGGUGGCACCAUGUUUCCACGUGGAGCUGAUGCUUACAUUGAUGAUAUUGCUAGACUUAUUCCUCUUACUGAUGGAGCCAUUAGAACAGCUAUUGAUACAGGAUGUGGUGUGGCAAGUUUUGGUGCUUACUUGUUGAAGAGAGAUAUUGUGGCUAUGUCAUUUGCUCCAAGAGACACUCAUGAAGCUCAAGUUCAAUUUGCGUUGGAGCGUGGAGUUCCUGCGAUUAUUGGGAUUAUGGGAUCAAGAAGGCUUCCUUAUCCAGCUAGAGCUUUUGAUCUUGCUCAUUGUUCUCGUUGUUUAAUUCCUUGGUUUCAGAACGAUGGUUUGUACUUGACCGAAGUGGACCGGGUUUUAAGACCGGGCGGUUAUUGGAUCCUUUCCGGUCCACCGAUCAACUGGAAGAAAUAUUGGAAAGGCUGGGAAAGAUCACAAGAGGAUUUGAAACAAGAGCAAGAUUCUAUAGAAGAUGCAGCAAGAAGUCUCUGUUGGAAGAAAGUUACAGAAAAGGGAGAUUUGUCAAUUUGGCAAAAGCCUAUCAAUCACAUUGAGUGUAAAAAACUCAAACGAGUUCACAAAUCUCCUCCUCUAUGCAGCAAAUCAGACCAACCUGAUUUUGCUUGGUACAAAGACUUGGAAUCUUGUGUAACACCAUUGCCAGAAGCAAACGGUCCAGAAGAAUUCGCAGGAGGUGCAUUGGAGGAUUGGCCAGACCGAGCUUUCGCGGUACCACCUAGGAUAAUCAGGGGUACUAUACAGGACACUAAUGCUGAAAAAUUCAGACAAGACAAUGAAGUGUGGAAGGAGAGAAUAGCAUAUUACAAACAGAUAAUGCCAGAGCUUACAAGGGGAAGAUUCAGGAACAUAAUGGACAUGAAUGCAUACCUAGGAGGGUUUGCUGCCGCGAUAAUGAAAUAUCCAUCUUGGGUUAUGAAUGUGGUUCCUAUGGAUGCUGAGAAGCAAACGUUAGGGGUGAUUUUCGAACGAGGAUUCAUAGGGACUUAUCAAGAUUGGUGUGAAGGUUUCUCUACGUAUCCAAGAACUUAUGAUUUGAUUCACGCUGGUGGAUUGUUCAGCAUUUAUGAAAACAGGUGUGAUGUGACAUUGAUACUACUUGAGAUGGAUAGAAUACUAAGACCAGAGGGAACAGUGGUAUUUAGGGACAAUGUUGAAACAUUGACGAAGAUACAAAGCAUAACUAAUGGAAUGAAGUGGAAGAGUCGGAUUUUGGAUCAUGAGAAAGGUCCCUUUAACCCUGAGAAGAUCCUUCUCGCUGUAAAAUCGUACUGGACCGGUCCUUCUUAAACUAGUUCUUGCAACUCUCUUUAUUCCAAUCUUCUUUAUCUUGUGUGUGUGCCUCAUUUUUGUUUUAUUGUUUGUUUUAAAAAAAAGUUUCUAUGGUUAUUUUGGGAAAUACAGAGAGAAAACAACAUUUCAGAGAGCA